GUGACAAUUUCAGUCAGUCGGUUUCUGUAGUUUCUGAGUAAGAGAAAAAUCAACGGCUGCCGACAUGCUGGUUGAGGUGGUCUUAACCGCUGCUUUGGCAGUUCUCCUGUGGGCUGCGUUCUUCAGGAAACCGGAGGGACUGCCGCCAGGCCGCUGGGGUCUGCCCGCGAUUGGUUUCAUCCCUCUGACCAGAAAAUCUAUGGAAGAGCAGAUUCUCGAUCUUCACAAAAAGCAUGGUAACAUUGUCCUAUGGCGGAUAGGGAAUCAGCUGAUGGUGUUUAUCUCGGACUACCAGCUCGGGAAGGAGGCUUUGUCGAGGUCUGACUUUGCUAAUCGACCAGACUGGGAUAUGUUCAAGUUAUUAGAAGAAGUUCCUCUAGGUGUUGGCUCAAGCAACGGUGCCCAUUGGCAUGCUAAUCGCCGCUUUGCCCUUCGUCAGCUAAGGGACCUAGGCAUGGGCAAAUCCAAGCUCGUGGCAGGAAUUCAAGAGCAGGCACUCAAGCUGGUCGAAAUUCUGAAACAGCAAGCAAACAAAGCAGCACCAGUUCCUCAUGCUCUGAAGGUGGCUGUCGUUAACGUUAUCUGGCAAAUGGUGGCAGGUAAAAUGUUCGAAAUGGAGGAUGAGAAAUUGAUCGAAUUUGAUAAACUCCUGAAAGAUCUGAACGCUGCAACCUUCGCGGUGGGUGUGCGUGACUUUUUCCCAGGCUUGAAGUAUCUGCCCAAAUAUCUGCAGAAUAUUCUCUUCAGUAUGGAUCGCAUUGAAGGAUUUAAAGAGAAGUUCCUCAAUUACUUAGAUGAAUUGGUUAUUGAACACAAGGCAUCCCUGGACCCCGAUAACCCGGGAGAUCUCAUUGAUGCUUACCUCUUGGAGUUAAAGGAAGGCAGUGAGAGUCCAGAUGUCAUUCGCAGUGAAAGGGAUUUGGGUCUCCUGGUCCUCGAUCUGUUCUUUGCCGGGAGUGAGACGACCACGUACACUCUCACCUUCAUGAUGCAAUACCUAGCCAUGAACCCUGACAUUCAGAAGACGAUGCAAGAAGAGAUAGACCAAGUACUGCCUAAAGGUAUCCUGGCUACACUCGAAGACAAACCGAGGUUACCAUACACCGAGGCAGUACUUCAUGAAAUUCUACGUUUGUCUUCCCUCCUUCCCGUAGGAGCUCAGCACAGCGCUGUUACAGACACGCAGCUGGGAGGAUAUUACAUUCCAAAGGGUACGAUCAUCGCCACAUCAGCAAUGUCUAUGCACAGUGACCCGAGGUACUGGGAGAAGCCGGAAGCACUGAAGCCCGAACGCUGGCUCGACGAGAACGGGAAAUUCACCACGAAGAAGGAAGGGUUCAUGCCCUUCGGUUCAGGCAAGAGAGCCUGCCUUGGAGAGUCCCUGGCCCGCAUGGAGCUUCUUAUCUUCGCCACAGCAAUGCUUCAGAGUCUCAGCUUCGCCCCGCCACCAGGCUCCACUGUGGACGUCACAGCUGAUCCCGCGGUGCCAAUGUUCCACACCCCGAGGAAUCAAGACAUCUUUAUCACUAUUCGCUAAAUGUAUCUCCGAGAAUUCGUUUCUGUUCUGAGUAAUAGAUGAUUUCAUCGUUACAUGGCCCGUUCUUGUUCAUGACAAACGAUGCUUAGUGUCUUCCAGGUUUAUGAUUCCUUUAAGAAGGGGAUGGGAUGAAAUUCAGGGUUAUAUUCCUUUAACAAUCCCAGGGUUAUGAUGCACUGGCAGCAUAUAAGGAAGAGAGAGGGAUUAAAUACUCUGUCAUGUUCCAUUAAUAAUCCCUCUGCAGUGUGCAGACUUAUUCCAAGAUUUCCAAGCCUGAGAGUAAUAGCGUGAGUAAGAGAAUAGGACUGAAGACGCCUAGAACAAGAUCAAAUUGCCUUUCUUAAAAGUCAAAAUAAAGGAAAACUCCAGAGUAGACUGUCAUUUUUCUAUAUAAGUAAAAUGUACUUAACUCUUAUCCAACUUCCUGUAAAAUGUAAUUUUUCGAUUUUAUGACCGUGAUUUGUUGAUACUCCAAGUGCUCCAGUAUGUUUUCUGUGAACAAUAUGCAACCAGGAGAAAGUUGUCACAUGUAUUGCAAUGCUAUUAUUGAAGUCAACUUGAGAGCAUAAGUUGUAAGUGGUGUCGCAGGUAAACGUGGGGAUCCUAUGUCGUUAUCAAAGACGUCACAGGCCUUUACUAUGGAUCUCUAACGAACAUCUACAUUGACGAAAGAAUGCCCAAUGCCAUAGCUCAAGGAUGGAAAUUUGUCGGGCAUUUGAGAAUACCUCGAGAGAAUGAUGUCUUAACCUUGCUCUCUAUAAAACAUUUAGGUCCUAUUAUGUCUUUAACGUGGAAAAUCACCGAUGUUUCAUCCUGAGGCUUAGUGACUGGCACAAGCGAGAUCUGCCUGCAAAUUGUGUUUCUAACAUAAAAUAUGUAAAUGAACUAGUAGUAUAUUGUGAUUUAGUGGGGUUAAUUGUCCACUGCUGAUAUAUCUAAUACAAAGAAGUAUUGUUUUUUUAUAUGUAAUAAAACAGGUUAUUACAAUAUCACACUCAAAUAUAAAAAACUUACACACCCA